AUGACAGGUGGGAUGGAUGUUAAAAAUAUCACCCUGGACUCAGCCGAAAACUUUCCAAACCAGAGCAGCUGUGAUGUGUUUGUCUACCAAAGAGCUGCAGUCGUCCUCUUCCCUAUUUUCUACUCUGUGGUUUUCAUCAUCAGUGCAUGCGGCAACAGCUUGGUACUCUAUGUGAUCUGCCAGAAGAAGCAGAAGUUCAACUCCACCUCAAUCUAUCUGGUCAACUUAGCACUAUCUGAUACCUUGUUCACACUGACGCUGCCUGGAAGAAUAACUUACUACAUCCGUCACUUUGACUGGCCCUUUGGUGACAUUCUCUGCAGAAUGACCACACUUCUCUUCUUUGCAAAUACCUAUGCAGGUAUUGGCUUUAUGACCUGUAUCAGUCUGGACCGAUACCUAGCCAUGGUGCAUCCACACCGGCUGCAGUGUUUACGGAGUGUUGGGGUGGUUCGCAGGGUCUCUUGCCUGGUGUGGGCUCUGGUAUCUCUGCAGACAGCUCCACUGCUGUUCCGCAGCAUGCUGCGUGAGCACCAGGAAAGACAAACCUGUAUGGAGUACUUCAACUUUGAAGGCUCCCGCUCCACCCCUUACCUCCUACUUCUGGCCUGUGCCAUCUCCUUCUGCUGUCCGCUCAUCAUCAUAAUGGGUUGCUAUGCCAAGAUCAACCUGAAGCUAAGAGCUGCAGCCAAGCAGAACUCUGUAACUGGUCGAUCAAGGAGGAAUCACCAGGCCAACACCAUUAUUCUCCUCAUCCUCCUCACCUUCAUCAUAUGCUUCAGCCCUUACCACAUCAAUGUUAUGCAGUUUAUGUCCAGAAAGAUACACCACCAGCCAACCUGCGAGGAACUGAGAGCCUUUAAGGUGUCCUUACAGAUUACAGUUUCACUAAUGAACUUCAACUGCUGCUUGGACCCAGUCAUCUACUUCUUUGCCAUUAAGACCUACAAGAAGCAGGUGCUGAGCCUGUUUAAAGAUCUGUAUACAUCCGGUGCCUCCUCCAAAAUGACAGCUGAGAACAGCAGCAGCAACACCUGA